AUGCUAGACAUGUUCCGUCGUAUCUACGACAGCUUGAUUUCUCCGCCCGAAGUGCCCAAGGCCGAGAACCCGUUGCGAUUCGGUCUGUUGGGGGCUUCGGACAUCGCGCCAAUGUCGCUAAUCCUCCCGGCAAAAACACAUCCCGAAGUCGUCAUUGCAUGUGUCGCCGCGCGAGAUCGGGCGAGAGCUGAAAAAUAUGCGAAAAAACAUGGCAUUGAAAGUGUUCAUGAUACUUAUCAGGACUGCAUCUAUAUCCCACUGCCCAACUCGCACCACUACGAAUGGGCAAUCCGCGCCAUCAAAGCCGGUAAACACGUCCUUCUCGAAAAGCCAUGCACCUCAAACGGCGCCGAAGCACGAAAAUUGUUCGAGCAUCCGGCUGUCACGGCGCCGAAUGCGCCUGUAUUAUUGGAAGCGUUCCAUUAUACGUUCCAUCCUGCGUGGCAGAGUUUUAUGCAACUUAUUCACCACGACCCUUUGGCCGGACCCGUGAAGAGCGCUGAGAGUUACUUUUAUCUGCCUCGGGGGUACUUUGGAAAGGACGAUAUUCGAUUUCGGGCCAUGUUGGAUGAUUCGCACCCCGUCGUUGAGAGUGUCGAGUUUAGGAAGAUAUCCGAAUCUGAGCAUCGCGGUAAUACUGCGGAAGAUUUGGAGCAGAUUGAUGAGGCUGUUAUGGCGACUUUCAGGUCCAAGGCUGGGGCUGUUGGGAAGUUGGUUGCUGAUUUCAGUCUGGCGGGGAGUAUCUUGGGGGUCAAGGCACCGAGGCUGGGAUGGCCGAAAUGUGUUGCUGAGCUGGAGGAGAAGGAGGUCAGCGAAGAGAAGGUGAAGCUGGCAGAUGGAGAGAAACAUUUAAUGCAGCGCACGGUAACGUUGUACAACCACAUUGCUCCCGUCAUAUAUCACAGUAUCGUCGUUGAAGAUCAACAUUCUAUUAGACGCAAUGGAACAACAACGGUGAAAUCAUGGGGAAACAAGACUACAAUUAAAGCAUAUGACUGGGCCGACAAAUCUGAUGGUCACCCGGGUGGCACAUCCUGGUCGACGUAUCGAUAUCAACUCGAGGAGUUUGUGAAUCGUGUAAGAGGCAGAAAGGGAACGGGGGUGUGGGUUGAGCAUCAGUCGAGUAUAGAUCAAAUGGAUGUAUUGGAUGAGAUGUAUAAGAAGGGUGGUUUGAAGAUUAGGCCUUCGAGGCAGAUUGAUGAGGAUUAA